ACCUGUCCUUUCUUCCGGUAGGACAUACACAUGAAGAUGUGGAUGCAAGUUUUAAACAAAUUGCGGACAAACUUCGGAAGACGGAUGCCGAAAUAUUAGACGACUUAUUAAAAAUAUGCCCAAAGUCACAAAUGCUCACGAACAUUUUCAAUGUCAAGGAGUGGUUGAGGGAUGCUAUACAGGUUUCAGUUUUAGGGAUAAGUGAACCAUUGCACUACAGAUUUCUGAGAGUGGACAAUUGUAUUAAAGUUUCAUACAAAGGAUCACACAAAAGUGCAUGGACUGACUUUGAAUCGACAAUUUUAAAAUGUAUGCCAACUGGUAGACCUAACAUUGUUAAACCAAAUUAUGAAAACAUUGAAUUUGACAAAGUUUUAAAACAAAUAAGAGAACUUCAAGUUUUAUUUAAAAAUCAAUCGGCAGUUGAAAUCUGGGAUUCAUUUGUGUUCAGAAUAAAGCAAAAUGAGGAACAAAGAAAUCCAAUAUGGAUAUUAGAUACUUUACCCAGACAAACGGCAAAUCAAAACAAAUGCUCGUGCUGCAACAGUGAACAACGUCUUCCAGAGGAAAUUGAACGCCUUCUUGAAAAGGAUGCAAGAGAUCCAAAGUUGAAGCUGGUGAAAAAAAGAAAACAGCCAUUAGAAGAACGGUCUACCAAGAGUCAGCAGUCCAUUCUUAAUAAGGACAAACGCAAGGGUGGUAAGAAGAGGUUAACAGAACUGACCUCAAGGCAGCCGGUGGUUUAUUUUUUUACAAACUAUAGGAAAAGGAAAUCUACUGAAAUUAGACAAAUUAUUUUCAUUUUGUGUUUUGUUGGUGUUUUGGCUUUGUAUGGCUGCCUUUUGUUCUGUCUUUUUUGCAUUUCCUUUAUUGCAUACCAGAGCAUAAUUGUUAUUUUUUUUCUUCAAAACAAGUACAUGAUAGACAGGCUGCUGAAGGCCAUCAUGUUGGACGCUUUGAGAGGGCAUCUUCUUUAUUAUGCCACUAUUUCUAACAGUUUGUUAUGUGAACAUUUGAUGUUACCCUGUCAAAUUUGACAAUGAAAUAGUCCUGUUUUAAUCAGUAAUCCUCAUUUGCCAAGAGACUGAUUAUUUUAAACCAAUACUUUGCUAAUGCAUGCAAAACUUGCUCACAAGUAGUCACUUCCCACUAGGAUUAUCUAGAUUUUCGUUUUCGACUUCUUGAUUUCACCUAAAAUGUGGGUUUAAUCUUGUCCCUAGACUUGUUUGAUGAACAAUCCAUAAUUAUAACUUUAUACGCCCAAAGUGAGGCAUAUUCUUCUGUCCGUCUGUACCAUCGUGUUUCCAAACCAUAUCAUAGUGACAAAAUAAAACACAGUAAGAGGAAAUCAUAAUGGUGCGCGCAAGACCCAGAUCCCUAGCUAAGGGUCAAGGUCACACUUUCAAUAGUGCAUUUUAUCAAAUUGACUUACAAUGUGAUUUUGAGUCUUUAAGAAAUAAUACGCCAGAAAAUCAAAUUGACUUAAAAUGUAUUAGUGAUUUUUUUUAUAGAAAUUAUAAACCUGCUUAACAAAUUGACUUAAUGUAUGGUUUUUGUAUUUAUAAUUGUUUUUUUCGUAGAAAUCAUUGGUUGGCCGGCUUAUAAAAUUGACUUACAAGGUUAUUUUGCAUUUCUUGUUGUAAUGAUACGCUGGCUUAUCCAAUUGAUCACGUGAUUUUGAAGUUCUUGUAGAAAUGAUAUGUUGCCUUAUCAAAUUGACUUCAAAUGUGAUUAAAAGUUUUUAUAGUAAUGAUACGCCCGCUUAUCAAAUUAAUUUUCUUUUAGUGUAAAUUUUGAGUUUUGGUGUUGUAAUGAUUCCCUGGCUUUCUUUUUUACAUGUAAAUGGUCUUAAAAAAUUAUAAGCUAGCUUAUCAAAUUGACUUAAAUUGUGAUUGUAAGUUUCUUGUAGAAAUGAUAAGCUGGCUUAUCAAAUUGAUUUGCAAUGUCAUUUUAAGUUUUUUUGUAGUUACUGUAGUGAUACGUCGGCUUAUCAAAUUGACUUAAUAGAAGAUUGUGAGAUUUUUGUAGAAAUGAUACGUCGGCUUAUCAAAUUAUUUUUCUUUUUGUUAAAAUAGUCCAUGAGAAAUGAUACGCCAGCUUAACAAAUUGACUUGCAAAGUGAUUUUGAUUUUCUUGUUGUAAUGAAAUAGCAUAUCAAAUUAAUUUUCUUUUUGUGUAAAUAGUCCAUAAGAAAUGAAACGCCAGCUUAACAAAUUGACUUGCAAUGUGAUUUUGAGUUUCUUGUUGUAAUGAAAUAGAAUAUCAAAUUAAUUUUCUUUUUGUGUAAAUAGUCCAUAAGAAAUGAAACGCCAGCUUAAAAAAUUGACUUGCAAUGUGAUUUUGAGUUUCUUGGUGUAAUGAUAGAUCGGCUUAUCAAAUUAAUUUCCUUUUUGUGUAAAUAGUCCAUAAGAAAUGAUACGCCGGCUUAUCAAAUUGACUUGCGAUGUGAUUUUGAGUUUCUUGUUGUAAUGAUACUCCAGCUUAUCAAAUUGACUUACAAGUUGUUUUUUUGCGUUUCUUGUUGUUAUGAAAUGUUGGCUUUUCAAAUUAAUUUUCUUUUUGUGUAAAUAGUCCAUAAGGAAUGAUACGCCAGCUUAACAAAUUGAACUGCAAUGUGAUUUUGAGUUUCUUGUUGUAAUGAUACGCCGGCUUAUCAAAUUUAUGCAUAUUGUACAUAAGAAAUGAUACGCAGGCUUAUCAAAUUGACUAACAAUGUGACUUUUAGCUACUUGUUGUAAUGGUAAGCCAUCUUAUCAAAGUGAUUUUCCUAUUUAUUUUGUGUAUAUGGUACAUAAGAAAUGAUACGCCGGCUUAUCAAAUUGACUUACAAUCUGACUUUUAGUUACUUGUUGUAAUGGUAAGCCAUCUUAUAAAAUUGAUUUUCCUUUUUGUGAAUAUGGUACAUACGAAAUGAUACGCCGGCUUAUCAAAUUGAUUUGCUUUUUUAUGUGUAAAUGGAACAUAAGAAAUGAUACGUUGGCUUAUCAAAUUGAUUUGCUUUUUUAUGUGUAAAUGGAACAUAAGAAAUGAUACGCCGGCUUAUCAAAUUUAUUUUCCUUUUUGUGAAUAUGGAACAUACGAAAUGAUAUGCCGGCUUAUCAAAUUGACUUACAAUCUGACUUUUAGUUACUUGUUAUAAUGGUAAGCCAUCUUAUCAAAUUUAUUUUCCUUUUUGUGGAUAUGGUACAUAGGAAAUGAUACGCCGGCUUAUCAAAUUGAUUUGCUUUUUUAUGUGUAAAUGGAACAUAAGAAAUGAUACGCUGGCUUAUCAAAUUGAUUUUCCUUUUUGUGAAUAUGGUACAUACGAAAUGAUACGCCGGCUUAUCAUAUUGAUAUGCUUUUUUAUGUGUAAAUUGUACAUAAGAAAUGAUACGCGGGCUUAUCAAAAUGAUUUUCCUUUUUGUGAAUAUGGUACAUAAGAAAUGAUACGCGGGCUUAUCAAAUUGAUUUGCUUUUUUAUGUGUAAAUGGUACAUAAGAAAUGAUAUGCGGCUUAUCAAAUUGAUUUGCUUUUUUAUGUGUAAAUGGUACAUAAGAAAUGAUACGCUGGCUUAUCAAAUUUACGAACAAUGUGACUUUAUGUUUCUUGUAUUAAUGAUACGCCGGCUUAUCAAAUUGAAUUUCCUUUUUUGUGCAUAUUGUACAUAAGAAAUGAUACGCCGGCUUAUCAAAUUGACUAACAAUGUGACUUUUAGCUACUUGUUGUAAUGGUAAGCCAUCUUAUCAAAGUGAUUUUCCUUUUUAUUUAUUAUGUGUAUAUGGUACAUAAGAAAUGAUACGCCGGCUUAUCAAAUUGACUUACAAUCUGACUUUUAGUUACUUGUUGUAAUGGUAAGCCAUCUUAUCAAAUUGAUUUUCUUUUUGUGUAUGUGGUACAAAGGAAAUGAUACGCCGGCUUAUCAAAUUGAUUUGUUUUUUAUGUGUAAAAGGAACAUAAGAAAUGAUACGCUGGCUUAUCAAAUUUAUUUUCCUUUUUGUGAAUUUGUUACAUAGGAAAUGAUACGCCGGCUGAUCAAAUCGAUAUGCUUUUUUAUGUGUAAAUGGUACAUAAGAAAUGAUACGCAGGCUUAUCAAAAUGAUUUUCCUUUUUGUGAAUAUGGUACAUAAUCGCUACGGCGGCUUAUCAAAUUGGUUUGCUUCUUUAUGUGUAAAUGGUACAUUAGAAAUGAUACGCCGGCUUAUCAAAUUGAUUUGCUUUUUUAUGUUUUAAUGGUACAUAAGAAAUGAUACGCUGGCUUAUCAAAUUGACAUAAAAUGUGACUUUAAGUUUCUUGUAGUAAUGAUACACCGGCUUAUUUAUUGAUUUUCCUUUUUGUGGAUACGGUACAAAAGAAAUGGUACGCCGGCUAAUCAAAUUGACUUGCAAUGUGAUUUUAAGUUACUUGUUGUAAUGAUACGCCAGCUUAUCAAAUACAUUAAUUUGUCUUUUUGUGAAAAUAGUCCAAAAGAAAUGAUACGCCGGCUUAACAAAUGCAUUUUCUGUGUGUGAAAAUGGUCCAAAAGAAAUUAUACACUGGCCUUUCAAAUUGAUUUUUUAAUUGAUUUUUCAAUUUAUUUUUAAUAUUUUCUGUUUUGCCGGCUUAUCAAAUUGAUUUUGAAUUUAAUUGUGAUUGUUUUUAAGUUGAUACG